GAGAGAGAGAGGGAUGGGGCGGAAGGCAAUUUAAUAUAAAGGCAAAAGCAGAAAAGCAAAUAGAAGAAAAGAAAAAGAAGAGACACUCUCUUGCUCUCCCCUCCCAGAGGCCAGAGCCUCCGCAGUCUUGCUCUCUGCCUUUGGCCGAGAAUCUCUCCUUCUUUCCUUUACUAAAGUUAUCAGAGUGAGUUGAGAUAAGCUUUAAUCUCUCACGGCGAUGGGAGGAGAGGCGGAGCUGAGGGUGGGUUUGUUUGUGGUGAUGGUGGUGGUUGUAAUGGUAGGAGGAGGGGUGGAAGCGCAGAGCUGGUGCGUGGCGAGGAGCAACGCAAGCAAUCAGGCGCUGCAGACGGGGUUGGACUACGCAUGUGGUGCAGGGGCUGACUGCGCACCGGUCCAGUCUAACGGGCUCUGCUAUUUACCAAACACACUGGUAGCCCACGCCUCUUAUGCCUACAAUAGCUACUACCAGCGCAAGAAUGAGGCUUCUGGUACCUGCGACUUCAGCGGCACCGCCACUAUUGCCAUGACCGAUCCCAGUUAUGGAUCUUGCGUUUACCCAUCGUCUGCAAGGUAUGCUCUCUUCUCCUCCUUCCUCUUAUUCUUGAUGGUUUUCCCUUUACCGAAAAAAAAAAAAAAAGAUUUUUUUAAAAAUAAAUAAAUAUAUUGAACUCGAAAGAUCUUCUUUAUAUUU